GAUAGAGUGCUAUCCAGCAUUUUGCUGCAGCUUCAUUUCCAUUUGUCAAUCCUCUUAAGAGCCACAGUGGGCUUCUUACACAAAGUUAUUUCAUUGAAUCGCUUCACUUUUUGUUGUCCAAAUUUUUUGUCCAUGUUUGUGGCUGACCUUGAAUGUCCUCGUGCAUUAAAAACAUUCCCUCCAAACUUCCUUCUUUAUCCACUCUAGCUUGUGCAACUGUCUUUUAAAUCUCGUCCCAAGUCCGGUCCUCCCAAGCAAAAUCCUAGACGCAACCGUGCAAGCCUUGUAUCAAGUCGAGGUGGGUAUUUUUGACACUACUCCGCUCCGCUUGCAUACUAGACUCUUGUCAUCGGUACAAUUUACUUCAGCGGCAUUUUACUGCAACGACAGGGACUUCCUGUGAAUUGUGAGAGCCAGGGGUAAUAGGGCGCUUGUCGGGUCCAGUCUCCUUGUUGUGGUGAUCAUAACCAAGAAACUUAUAUAUCAAAGGCCUUCAAUCUUGGAGUAUAUUACCCGACGUUUGUCGAUCGAACGUGGAAAGAAAGACAACGACCCCCCUUCAACUUCAUUCCUGUUACUUCUUAGUACGGACUUAGCACGUCAUUAAACCAAGAAGCAAUAUAUAUUUCAUUUGGACGACGCAGGACACUCGCCACAUCCGUUCAUUGAGCCCAAUCUAUCCUUGAACCGGGUCGCUUCAUCUUCUUUUCUACACGGCAGCGCUGUUGAAUACCAACUCGUGAAGCACCAAAAUCUCUGGAAGGUAUACGCGUUCGGCUUGUCCAGAACAUUUAAAACCUUUCAUUUAAACUCCCGGGACUGGUCCAUACAUCAAUCAACCUUAUUUAGCAGAUCUUGAUUAAGACCCUUAAGAUUAAUCUAUCCACCGAUUAAUAGCUACAGGAACAAGCUUUAUACACUCUUCUGACCUCUCCAACCUCAUUAUCCAGCAAGCAGGACUAGAUCAAAAACUAGACUCAACAAUUACUUGCCUUCGAUAGGCCUUAUGUUCUUUUCUGGUCAGUGAUCAGCCAUUGUCUAUAGCGGCCCUUACACUCGUUCAUUCCACGGCUACUUACCACUGCGACAACACAACACACAUAUUCCUUUCUCGAACCAAGGGCUCUUGAAGAACCCGAAAAAGCAACUUCCAGACCAUCUUCAACGGUCGAAACACAGACACUCUCAAUGCUUGUUACACGGCAAUGCGAAACAGGACGGAACACUUGGUCCUCUAAUAAACUUGGGUCUGCUAACUUCGCGUCUCCACGGAUGGCGAACUUUGAGGCUUUACCACCGCAGCCGGACUGGCGAGAACAGUACUCUUCGUACCAACUCUCUGGAGAGAAUGGCAUGGUCCACCAAAACUACGAGCACUCCGCAAGCUCCAGCACAAACAACACUCAACAGCAACCCGUUACUAGACCGACUUUAGAGCACCGACACACACUUGGCCCAAUGAGACCGGAAGGUCCGCCAACACCCACCGUAGAGCGACCAGACUCCGCACCGGGAGAUUGUGGCCACCCUUCUGUCAACAGAGCUCGGGAUGAAUCUAUGGGUUCGACAGAAUCAGCGCCGCUUUCACUUGGACCUAUAGCAUCGAAUCCAGUAUCAUCUGCGUCAAGCGCACCACAACAAGGAGUAGGAGCACUGAUGAAUGAAGACACUUCAGCUCUCCUGAGUCCUAAGGAAGAAGAUGAUGACGAUAUUGACGACGACGACGAUAUGCUAGAUACUGAAGAUGGAUCUUCAUCAACGCCACAGACGGCGGCAGAACGUAGAGCUGAACGCAGGAAGAUGAAACGAUUUCGUCUCACUCAUCAACAAACUCGAUUUCUUAUGAGUGAAUUCGCGAAGCAAGCUCAUCCCGAUGCUGCUCACCGCGAGCGUUUGUCACGAGAAAUUCCAGGCCUUAGUCCAAGACAAGUGCAGGUAUGGUUUCAGAACCGACGUGCGAAAAUCAAGAGACUUACUGCGGAUGACCGAGAACGAAUGAUGAAGAUGAGAGCGGUACCAGAUGAUUUCGACAACGUACAAGCUUUACAUUCUCCUUACGGAGCUGUACACGGUAUUGGAACACCAAUGCAAUCGCCUGUCGAUUUUGUGCCAAAUUACGCGGAUCAUAUGAUACGACCGUUGAUGGUAGACACGAUGCGCAGACAUGAACAAGAUGACCAGAUGUCGCCGGCGGGCAUGAGCCCUGGAUACGGACAUGUUGGAUACACUCCAGGAAGUUCCAUUGGCACACCUGAUGUUCUUUCGCCAUUGUCCAUCAAUUCAUCCGAUCGAUAUUUCUCCAGCCAUCUUUCUAGCCCGAUGAGCUCAGGGCCAAGGAGCUCAAACCCGUUUGAUCGACCACCCCCAGGUUAUCAAGCAGUUUCCCAUUCUCAGCAAAGACAUCACGGUGCCCGCCCAUUACAACCAUUACAGCUUCGAGAGACAAUGUCAAGAUCACGAUCAGAGUCACUUCAGUCGCCAUUAAGAUCCAGUAUGUCUUGGAAAGGAGAAACUUUAGAUUAUGCCAACUACCCGACUGGACAACCAAGUCCUCAAUCGACUGGACGACAACAAUCAUUGUACCAGCCCGAGCAGAAUAACACGGUCAAUGCGCACCAAUUUGAGUCAAACUCUUACCCAAGUUCCAACAUCCAGAAUUCACCACAACACAUGAGCUAUUCACCAUCACAUCCUCCGGCAUCUUUGCAACAAUCCUCACCAGCUGCUAUGUCCCGCUUGCGAGCAUCCACUGGCGGUGCUUUCCCUCAAGGUCUUGACUUACGCAAUCAAUACCGAUCUCUCCCCCACCAAGGUCCAUCACAUCUGCCUCCUACCUCCCGCCCAUUCGUACCCCCAUACUCAGCGGGUUUUGCCAGCGCACCUUUAACGGCGCCAAUGGAGUACUCGCUCCCUAGAACUCCAAGCGACGCAAACCAUCCACAAUUAAGUGCACCAAUGGCACCGCCGCAGGAUUUCGCAAAUGCGUACAACGCAUCAAGAGCUCCACAAAGCGAGCGAGAAUUUAGCUCUCAAGGUCAAGAACAGCAGCAUGCCCAAGGCCAUGCACAGUCUGAACAUCAACCACAAAGAAAUAACAGCGAAAGUUCAUCAUAUCUUCGACCCAAUGAAUUCCAAGCAAAGGAUAACCGCAAGAGAAGCUUUACCAUGCCUGGAACUUAUGCACCUUCUCAUAUGUCUUAGAGAAAUUUGGCUGGCGCUCAUCUUUAAUCUCCCAUGUCAGUGUGCAUACAAAAGUUUUUGCUUUCAAAGAUCGCGAUCCGUUUACAAGCAUUGCAAUUUGAAAGAAGGGCCGAGCAUAGAGCUCAUCCAUCCCUCACAAGAGGACGAGAAACCACCGCAUUCCGCCUUACCCAUGACACCACCAAAAUCCCUCCUCAGCCAUCUCCAGUUUCAACCUCAGACCAACCUUCAAAUUCACAACAACUUUCUUGCUAUAUGCGUAUGGACCAAUCAGAUGCUCCUGCACAUAUAUAUUUACAUAUACUUUCUAUACAUACUUCUUACACUUUUGAAGUUUCUCCCAACGCUGGGACGGACAGGAAUCCGACAUCAUUUCUACUUUUGACUUAAAGAUUUUACCAUUACCCCUUCUUCUAUGUAUUUUCUAGGAGAUACUAUCCGGCAUUGUUUUUAUAUCAAAACUUUUCUUCCAUGUUUAUCCAUUCAUCUGGCCAUCUUUCUUCAGGAGCGUUUUCAUAGGUUCAGGAAUUCGGGAUUGGGGAUAACACCAAAGCAAAGUCUUUUUUUCUUCUUCUUUUCUUUUUUGAGAUAUUCGCUUCUUAUCUGUGUAUAAAUGGUGUGCAAUUUUUUUUUUUUUUUUUCCUUUCGCUUGGAGCUUUUUAGGGGUUAGCUGGAUCUUGGAUUUGAUCUUCUUGUUUAUGUUUCUUGCUUUUUUUUUCUCCCCCAAGGGGGUUGGUUUGACUAGGGAUUUUCACUGAGUGAGGGAAAGAACUGAGAAUUGAUUGGGUUUGGUGCUGGGAGCUGGUAAGGGAUUGAGAGGGGGUGGGCAAUGGGAAAGCUUCUGAGGGCAAGGAAAAGGAUAACGCGAAUAGCGAGAAGAUCACUUGUAGAUAGAUAUCUGAACUGUGGAGUGGCAAUAUCAUUGUGUGGAAGUUGAAUAAAUUUGUCCUUUA